AUGAUGCCAAGUAUUAAAGAUACAGACACAGUGACAUUACUUUUGGAUCAAUUAACUCUCAACUCCUUAUCAGACUUGAUGACAAAGAUCCAGACAGCCACUCCACGGAUAAUACGCUGUAUCAGACCCAACAUUGACAGGAAACCCCUCCAUUUUGUCCCGGAAUAUGUGCUGGCUCAGAUGAGGUACACCGGGAUCACAGAGACGAUCAAGAUCAAGAAACAUGGAUACUGCUCCCGACUCAAGUUCAGGGAUUUCCUAGUAGUGUAUGAGACACUGAGGACCUUCCUUGUACCACCUCACAGCAUGAUCCCCGACGAACAGAAAUGUCAGGAAGUCAUCCGCUACUGUGGACUCAAUACAAACUCUGCCAGUCACAAGAUAGGAAAAUCUAAGGUGUUUUUCCAUGAGGAAGAUUUAAGGAAAAUUGACCAAGUGUCCAAUGAAGUAAAGAAGAAAAUUGUCCUUUGUCAGUCAGCUAUCAGAAGAUAUUUGGCCAAGAAAAAAUUUGCUGAGCUUCAGAGAAUUUCUAUGGUGAAGAAUGAAACAAAAGUCCAAGAAAUGUGUCACCAGAUGGCACUCCAGCAUGAUAAGGUGACUUCCUGGAUACAGUUUCAGCAGGAACAUGAUGAGGUCAAAGUUCACAAGAAUCCAGUAAACUCAGAAGAAGCAGCUUUGCAGGAAUCUCUGGAUAGUCUGGAUGAUAUUCUGGACCAGUAUGACCAAGUGACAGGAAAUCAGUCUGAAGAUGACAGCAGUGAUGAGGACUCAUCUUACGCUGAUGUCGCCAAUGUAAUGUCAGAUAUGAGUGUUCAGCAGAGACGUGGGUUACCUGCCCCUCCCUGCGGGGCGUUUAUCUCCCCUGACGCCCCACCCCUCAGUCCCAGGGAGAUGUACUCCCAGUCAGGAACCCCACCCCUCAGUCCCAGGGAAAUGUAUGCCCAUUCAGGAAUUUAUGAUGUCAUUCCAGGGGAAAAGUCCACAAAAAGACCUGCCCCACCAAGAAGAAGUGCCAGUACACGUCUGAGCUCAGGAAGGGAUCGGAUUUCAACUUCUAGCGAUGAUCCCGUUUUCUUGGACGACCAUAGACAAAGCAGUCGCCAUUCACAUCACCAGACAUCGGGCUUAUCAACAUCCCCCCAACAAUUACGUCAUCCCCAGGGUAGAAGAGACUCAUCACCAGGGAAGCCUCUCCCCUCCCCAAACCAGUCACGACCCUUCUCCUAUGUGUCAGCCCUACCCACCUCUCCACAGCAUGCAAAUUUAACCUCGCCAGGAUCACCAACAUACGAACCAAUCCAACAAGCUUAUCCACACAACGGACAUCAUUCUAAUGGUUACCAUGGACACCCUAUGUCUUCCAAUCAGGAUGUCAGGCCAGUUCAGCCUUCCCAUAGUGCUCAGUACCAGAGGACCUCAACAGGGGGUUCCCCCAGCUCACCACGGAGGCAGUCCAUUCCUGUAACACCAAUUACCCCACCCCACCACACAAGAAAGGGGCACUAUCCACUGAGUGUAAACCCUGUACCUCACUCCCAAUAUAAUAUGUUUCAUGGCCAAGCACCAGUAGGACCUUCUACUAAAAAACACAGAGUCCCAAGCUUUCCUGCCCCUCCCCAACCUCAUUUUGACAGUAUUAGAUCCCAUGGAGGUAUGCGGUCCCCCUCUCCUCCCUUACCCCCACCACCCUUGGAAAUGGGCAGAAACCAGAGAGUUCCCAGUCAGCAUUUUGAAUCGAGACAGAUUCCAGCACAAGAACCCCCCACACCACCCCCUAUCUCUAAAAUCCCAGGGACCAGGUCCUCUGUGUCCACAUUUGAGCUGGGUAUGAGAAGAAGGGAGGGGUCUGUGGACACCAGUCCCUUACAGUCCCCCACCCAUCUCACCGGUCAGUCUGGUCUGGCCGCCCAACUCAACAAAGUCCAGCUUAAAGCAGCAACCAAUGAACAACAGGAAAAGAAAACUUCCAAACAGGUUGCCAUGGGGAUAGCUGCGGAGCUAGGGAAAGUACAUCUGCGGUCCAAUCCUAAAGAGGUAGCUAAAACUAGGUCACCAGAAGAGAGUCGAGAAACAUCACCAGAAGUGCUGCUCUUAAAACUUAACCCAGUCAAGAAAACAGAAAGAAUCAAGAGUACCCCAGAGAAAGAAACUGAAGCAGGGGUGAAUUUUAAGGCAGUGUUAAAAUCAACAGGGGGACCAAAACCAUGGGAGAAAGAUACCUCACCUCCUGCAAAUUCCGAGACCUUGGAUGUUGACGUGAAUGUGAUGACGUCAUCGCUGGAUGAGGUACCUCUCCCUCCUCCCCCUCUAGAAGACGAUCCUUUUAAUGAACUCCCCCUCCCUCCCCCACCCCUGGAGGAGGAUGACCAGCUCCCUCCCCCUGUCAGUGAAGCCCCAGUACCAGGAGUACAGGAGAAUCUCAAGAAAAGAAAGAUUUUUGAAAAAGAGAAGAAAGAUACUGGUGACAAUAUGGACAUUGAUCUUGAUGAAAUUGACUACAGUCAAAUUCCUGGCUAUGUUCCCAUUACAAAUGCUGUUCCAAACUGGAAGAAAGAUAUGAUUAUAAAGAAAAAUGAAGAGAAAGUUAGAGAAUAUGUGGAAGAGCUGAGGCGGAAAAAAGCCGAAGCAAUGAAGUGGAAAGAUGUUCCGGAGUGGAAGAGGAAAAUGUUGGAGAAGAAGGAGAAAGAAAAGCGAGAACAGGAAGAAGCCAUGACACAAGCAGCUCAGCAGAAAGAGAAGGCCAAGGCCGCCAAAGUAAAACCUGUGUUACAGAAACGCCAAUCCUUCGAUGACACCCAAACCAGCAAUAAUAAUAAUGCCUCCCCUGUUACUAAGAAACCUGUUUCUCCUGUUACUAAGCAACCCACAACCCCACCUAUUGCUAAGCAACCAGAUAAAUCACCUGUAACCAAGAAACCAGAGACACCACCUGUUACUAAUACUCCAAAGAAUUCAGCUAAAGUCACAAAUGAUGAUGGGUCACAUGAUGAAUGUGUCAAGGAUGGGUCACAUGAUGAAUGUGUCAAAGAUGGGUCACAUGAUGAAUGUGUCAAGGAUGGGUCACAUGAUGAAUGUGUCAAGGAUGGGUCACAUGAAAAACAGGCUUUGGAAGGAUUUAUUGAGCAAUGUUCUAAGGAAGGGUCACAUGACCGUUGUGAUAAGGAAGGGUCACAUGACCAACAUGAUGAGGAUAAAUCACAUGAUCAGUGCAGGGAAUAUGAAUCAUAUUACCAAUAUACUGAGGAAGAGUCACAUGACCAAUGUACAGAAAACAUUUUGUGUGACAAAUGUGUUGAUGAAUACUGUGAUGAGUCGCAUGAUCAAUGUGAUAAAGAUAGGUCAUGUGACCAGAUUGUUGAUAAUGAACGUGAGCAGGAGGAGAGAAAGAGAGAACAAAAAAGACAGCAGAUUGAAAGACAGGCACAAAUGGAAAAAGAAUUGGAAGGCAUUCCAGCAUGGAAGCGUGAAAUCAUGAUGAAAAAAGGGGCAGCACCAACAAACUGGGGGGAUGAAAGGGAGGAGAUAAAUCGAGAUGACGACGAAGAAAAUGAGGAAAAUCAUGAAUGAACCAAUUCCAACAAAUUAGGUCAUUUUAUUUUUAUAUAUAUAUAAGUCAUAAUGAUUCCUACACAAUGACUCUGUUGUCUUUAAGAAGACAACUGUAUAUGAUGUAAACAGGAUAUGUUUAUGGUCUGCCAAUUCCUUGUCAUUUGUUGACCUGUCUACAGAUGUAUGGAAUGGGAAGGGGUAGGGAUGGGGGGUGCUGGAGAUUACGUAUCUUAGAAAUGGAUACUUUCAUGAUAUUUUGCAUAAAAUGCUGUUUAAAAAAAUAUUUGUAAUGAUAAUUAAAUUUGUCAAGAUAAAUCUUAAUAUAUUAUGCCUUAAUUUUUAGUAUUAAAUUAUUAAUGUUUGAUUUUAUCUGUAUACUUGAUAAUGACACAAGUAUGGUAUUACUGAUAAACAAAUCAUAAUCUAUAUGCAUAGAACGAAUCUGCUCAAAAAUUUAUAUUUCUCAAUUUUUUAAAAGAAAAUAAUUGUAUUUUAAAUAUGGUAAUUAGUCGCAUCAAGUUUCAUUAAUGCAACCUUUACAAGUAAUAUACUCUCAGAUACUAGUACCUUUUAUUAUAUUUUUUUUGUGUUUUGCUUUAAAGUUUGAUGCUAUAAAGUGCCUUUCCCCCGGCUGCCAUCGAUAUUAUUUAGUGUUCACAAGGCUUUCUAUCAUUUAUUUUAAAGAAAUGUACAGUAGUCUAUGUUCUGCUAGGGUACAUAUUUCUUAUGACGUACCUACAGAUUUUGAAUUGUAUUUGACAUGUACAUGUACGAAUGAAAGUCAUGUAGGAUUUGUAAGUAAAGGAUGAUCAUGUAAGAAAUUUUCAUUUCAUGGAAAUCUAGAUGGUAACCCUAUUUAAAUCAUAUUCUCUCUUUUUAUAAUAAGAGAGAUAUACUUCUAUAUAUCUAAGAGUUCCAUUGUUAGUGAAUAAAAAGAAAAUUUCAACUGAAGGGACAAUUUUUUUUUUAAAAAGGGCACCAUUUUCAACUCAUAAGGCAAAACAUUUUCAAAUUGGAUGUACCUUUUUCAUCUUUAAUGAUCCUUGCAUAAAUAUUUGAAUGUAUUGUAAUUGAUGUUUUAGUUUCUGUACUGUAUAGUCUGUGUGCUGAUAAGUUGUAUAUCUUUUUUAUUUGUUAAAAAAAUUCAAAAUUUGCAGUAUUACAAGAAAUUAUCAACACACAAGAGGAGGUAACUGUGAAAUUCAUUUGAUUUUAACUUUAAAACCUGAUUUAAAGAAGAUGCAUUAUAUAUUGUAUUUGUCAGUUUUGUGUGAAAGGACAGGAGAAUAUUAUACUGGUUUUCUCUGAAUAUUUGAAAGUAGAAUAAUAUGAAAGCAGGUACAAAUGUACAUAUAAAUUAUUUCAUUGACUCUUUUUUACCUUGUCACUCAUUACAAUGCUUCAACAGAUGAUUGCCAAAUAACAAUUGUGACUGAUUUUAUUUUGUUGGUAUACUAAUUUUUGCUUUAGAAGAUGCUUUAGCAUGUAAGGAGUUUAUAAAUACUGUGAAAUGCAGUUUUAUAUGUAUUUUAAAUUUAAAUGGUGCUUUAUAUUGAUAUAUUUUACAUUUUGUUUUUCAUAUUAUCAUAGCAUAGAAAACCUUUAUUAGAAUAGCUUUAUAGAGUCCAGAAAUACAGAAAUUUUUUACGUUUGAUGGAAUAUCUAGUUCUUCUAUUUACUUCAACUGUCAGUAUAUAUAUAUACAUGUAUCUUUCUUUUCUUUAACUAGAAAGAAAUUUAAAAUUUGGUUUGACAGUCCAGUUUUUGAAUAACACAUAUACAUUGUAUAUACAUUAAUUUUCUUAUGGAACAGUUUAUGCAGAGCAUUAUUAUAAUAUUAUAAUAAUGGAUGUUCAUUCUAUGUAAUGGAACUCAUUGGUCAAAUAAAGGUCUUCUUACCCUCUG